GCAGGUUAGUCUCACUGACAAUAAGGUUCUAAAACCCUCCCCCCAUUGCGCUAACCUUUGUUAUUCUCCGAGAUCUGAAACCAAACCAUGGCCACCUCCUUCUUCCGCCGACUCGCUAGGUCAGCUCCGAUCGCACUCCCCGCCGCACUCCGAUCCCAAAUCAAAUCCGGUAAUGGCACUUUCCGAUUCUCUGCCGGCGCAAUCGCUGCUCUUUCCGGUGGAUUAUCCUGUUACUACCUCACUUCCGCCAACAACCUGGCUUAUCUGGAUCAAGCUAAGGAAGAGACAGGACCCAAAACAGCUCUAAACCCUGACAAAUGGCUCGAGUUCAAGCUUCAAGACACUGCUACUGUUAGCCACAACACCAAGUUGUUCAGGUUCUCAUUUGACCCAUCAGCCAACUUGGGUCUUCAUGUUGCUUCUUGUCUCCUGACAAGGGCUCCUUUAGGUUAUAAUGCUGAAGGGAAAACGAAAUAUGUCGUUAGACCUUACACUCCUAUAUCAGACCCAGAGGCUAAGGGCCAUUUUGAUUUACUGAUUAAGGUAUAUCCAGAUGGAAAAAUGAGUCAGCAUUUUGCCAGCUUAAAACCUGGGGAUGUGUUGGAAGUGAAAGGACCCAUUGAAAAGUUCAAGUAUUCGCCUAAUAUGAAGAAACAUAUUGGCAUGAUUGCUGGUGGAAGUGGGAUUACUCCAAUGCUUCAGGUGAUUGAUACCAUUGUGAAGAAUCCUGAGGACAACACGAAGAUAACAUUACUCUAUGCCAAUGUUUCUCCGGAUGAUAUACUUCUCAAGCAAAAGCUCGAUGUACUUCAGGCAAACCACCCAAAUCUGAAGGUAUUCUAUACUGUGGACAAUCCCAGUAAAAACUGGAAAGGAGGAGUGGGUUACAUUUCAAAGGAUAUGGCUCUGAAAGGCUUACCUCUUCCUGCGGAUGACACACUUAUCCUUGUGUGUGGUCCUCCUGGGAUGAUGGAGCAUGUAUCCGGAGGCAAAGCUCCAGACUGGUCACAAGGAGAGGUCAAGGGGAUUCUCAAGGAACUCGGAUUCACAGAGCAAAUGGUUUUCAAAUUCUGAGAGGACUUGUUAAUCAAAAAAUUCCGUAGUUUCCGGCCUCGACGAGGUUUCAUUUCAUGUAAUAAAAGUGUCCCCAAGCAAAACAUUAAUUGAUGCUGGAUGAGCUUGACACAAAUAAACAAAACAGAUCAGUUAGUAUUUUUUUUUUGUCUCUGGAGGAUAGUAGCUAGCGGAGACCUUUGCUAUACUUGAUUGUGAUGAUAAAUUUCUAUGCGAUUGAGACUUGCAAU